CCUACCCUGUAUAGGGUAUAAAUGAUUACAAUAAUUGUAUUUAUCCAUCAGGUAACUGGAGCUGGUCAUGGACUUGGACGUGCGCUAGCCCUAGAGCUGGCUAAGCAGGGCUGUCAUAUAGCCAUAGCUGAUAUUAAUUUGGAGGGUGCUGAAGAAACAGUGCGACAAAUCAAUGAGGCUUUCCCGGUGCGCAGCAAGGCAUAUAAGGUGAAUGCGGCUAGCUAUAGCGAGCUGAGUGAGCUGAAAUCGARUAUACUGAAAGAUCUUGGACCGGUAACGAUAUUAAUAAAUAAUGCUGCAAUUCUGCUGCUCGACAAUCCCAUGGAUCCUGAUCCCAAKGAUAUUCAGCRCAUGAUCGAUGUCAACUUCUCAUCUCAUUUUUGGACAAAAAAACUGUUUUUGCCCCAAAUGAAGGAGCUGAACAAGGGGCACAUUGUCAGCAUAAGCUCCUGCAGCAGCAUCUUGCCCUUUCCCUAUAACAGCGCUUAUUGCUCCACCAAGUUUGGGGUCACAGAUCACAUGAGGGCGCUGCGCCUGGAGUUGGCCUUUGAGAAACAGCAAAACAUCCACGUGCUAACGGUUUUGCCCUGGUUUCUUCAAACCAACAAAGAAGUCUGCGAAUUGAAUGAAAUGGUUAACUUCAGCGAUUUUUAUCCUCUCAUCAGAGGCGCCAGUGCCGCCCGUAGUAUCGUUAAGGGUAUUCUAAAUAACGAGCGUGAAAUCUUUUUGCCCGAUUUCGUCUCCCUCUUAUAUCGUCUACUACAUCUGUUUCCGCUUAGCUGUCAGGAGAAAGUAUUUCUAUUAUUGGCAAGAAGAAAAAUUGAGAUUAUGGUCAAAGUACGACCCUAAGCUAGUGCUUAUCAAAAUUAGUUUUCGGUAACAACUAAA